UGUCGUUGUCAGAUAAACUUUAGUUUUCAUCACUCGGCCAGAAGCAGAAAAAAGCUGCUGAAUCAAGAGCUGUUAUAUCGGGUGCUGAACAGGUAAAUUAAUCAGAUUGCCCUCUCAACACGUCCAGGGGGAAUGGCCUCAGCAGCUGCCUCAGCUCCCGGGGCCACUCACCUGGCCACCAAGGUGGAGCUGACCAUUAGCUGUGAAAACCUGAUGGACAUGGACGUCUUCUCAAAGUCGGACCCCCUGUGCGCCCUUUACAUCAGCACUUCUGGCUCCCACUGGUACGAGUUUGGGCGCACAGAGAUGAUCCUGAACUGCCUAAACCCAAAGUUUGCCAGGAGGUUUGUCGUUGACUACUACUUUGAGAUGGUGCAGAAGCUCAAGUUUUGCGUGUAUGACAUCGACAAUAGUACGUAUGACUUGAGUGAUGAUGAUUUCUUGGGGGAACUGGAGAGUACACUUGGUCAGAUAGUUUCCAACAGGCAAAUGACCCGACAGCUGCUGCUGAAGGACAGGAGACCUGCAGGCCACGGGACUAUUACUAUAUGUGCUGAAGAAAUAACGGACACAAGAGUGGCAAACUUUGAAGUGUCAGCGAGAAGGCUUGACAAAAAGUUUCUCUGGUGGUCCGACCCGUUCCUGGAAUUCUACAAGCAGACAGAAACGGGUUGGCAGCUGGCUCACAGGACAGAGGUUGUUCACAACAACCUGAACCCAGUAUGGAGACCUUUCCGUGUUUCGUUGCGAGCCCUCUGUGGGGGAGAUGUGGAAAAACUAAUAAAGGUGGAUUGCUAUGACCACCAUGUGAACGGCUCGCACGACCUCAUUGGGAGCUUUAGAGCCUCGUUAGCAGAGAUGCUCGCGGGAACGCACCUGUCACCGGCGGAAUUUGAAUGCGUUAACUCCCGAAAGUCGAGAAGCAAAAAAUAUAAAAACUCUGGGAUCGUUUGCAUAAAACGCUGCCAGGUGGAGAAGGAAUAUAGCUUCCUGGAUUAUGUGAUGGGAGGAUGUCAGAUCAACUUUACGAUUGCCAUUGACUUUACAGGCUCUAACGGCGACCCCCUGUCCCCUCAGUCCCUUCACUACAUCAGCCCUGACGGCUACAAUGAAUACCUGCAGGCCAUCUGGGCCGUAGGCAACGUCAUCCAAGACUACAACAGUUCAAAGAUGUUUCCAGUGUUUGGAUUUGGAGCUGAGAUCCCUCCAUUAUGGCAGGUUUCUCACGAGUUUCCCAUCAACUUCGAUCCAGCAAAUCCCUUCUGUGAAGGGAUAGAGGGAGUGGUGCAGGCCUACCGGCAGUGUCUGCCUCAGGUGAAGCUGUGGGGUCCAACCAACUUCUCUCCAAUCAUCAACCAUGUGGCCUGCUUCGCCAGACAAGCUCUCCAACAGAACACCGCGUCGCAAUACUUUGUGCUGCUCAUCCUCACAGACGGCGUGAUCACAGACAUGGACCAGACGCGCGCCGCCAUCGUGGCGGCGUCCCACCUGCCCAUGUCCAUCAUCAUAGUGGGCGUCGGCGGCGCAGACUUCGGCGCCAUGGAGUUCCUGGACAGCGACGACAAACUGCUGCUGUCCCCCACAGGGGACGCAGCCGCCAGAGACAUCGUCCAGUUUGUGCCUUUCAGACAUUUCCAUGGAAACGGCUUGGCCCUCGCCCAGGCCGUCCUGGCAGAGCUUCCUGACCAAGUGUCGUCCUUCUUCAACGCUUACAAGCUGAAGCCGCCGACCGUCUUCGGCCGUCCUAAUGGGGAGAGUCAAAGCGUGUGAUUCCCCAAACGUGUGGUUUGGGAACCACCUCCCUGCAUCUCCUCCAGUUUUUCAUAAAAACCUGCAAAGACAAACACAACGCCUACCUCUGUGACUGAGCUUAAAUCAAUUCAUGACGUAAGCAAAGGGUUGUGACAUCUGCAAGCAUUUACAAUAACUCAGACACCCUGUCCUCCAUCCUCAAUGCAUCUGUUUACAUUUCUUUUAUUGUUUUUAAUGUGUGUGUUUUCUGUUUCUUUUCUUACAAUGAUGCUUGCAUACUUCUCUGAAUAUGUGCAUGUGAAUGCUGCAGAAGCUUUUCUGUAUUUGUGGGGCUGAGCAGUAAAUCAAUAACAGACACGCGAUCAAUAUCAAUAGAUAAUACGUCCGACAGAAUUCCAAAUAAUUUCACCAAACUCACGUCCAGAAUGCUGAGCAGUUCUGGACGGGAGUUUGAAGGCAGAGGGAACGCUUCAGCCGCGACCUUGGGCAUCAAUUAACUAACUUGCUCUUUGGUUACCGAUCAACAGCCAGAUUAAUUUGCAUGUGCAGUUUCGGGUUUGGCCUCUUAGCUGCAGUGUGGAGUUAAAGGAGAAAAUUAGUACAAGAUGAAAGAAAAGUGGAUAAAACAAACAAAAAAACUAAUCAAUAAUUAUUCAUAUUGACUGAUAUGAAAGUUUUAUUUAUUUAUUUUUUUUGUUCAGCCAUAUUGUCCAGCCCUGUAUCUUUAAAUAAGAGUAAGUGCCAGUGCAAGGAGUCUGACUGUGAGUGUGAAACAGGAAUCUUUGUGCAUUCUGCCGUUUUGGAGUAAAUUAAAAGAAGGAUUUAUGAAACUCAAUUGAACCGGGGUUUGGAGACAGAACAGGCUGCUACAGGACUUUCACAUGAAUCUCCUAAAGCCGCUACGUCUGUGCUUGCUGCAGCAUGUUUAGCAUUGAGGCACUAUUUCAGGCUUAAAUAGCUUUGAAGACAGGCUAACUCGAGCCGGAGUUAUUUUACUCGAGAUGAAAAUAAAUGUUGAUAUACA